ACCCUGGUAGGCGGUUGCUUAGAAUCGGGGAAGCCCUAAUCAAAACCAAAAUCCCCAAUCUUGUUUGUGUGUGGGAGCCAUGAGAGGACUCCUCUGUAGUACGAGAGUGUUGACGAACAAGUUUUUCCAUGGAAGGAGAAUUCAAUUCGCGCAAUGCAAUAAUCGAUCAUAUAGUUUGAUCCCAAUGGUGAUAGAGCACUCUUCCAGAGGAGAGAGAGCGUACGACAUAUUCUCGCGUCUUCUCAAAGAGCGAAUUAUUUGCAUCAAUGGACCCAUCUCCGAUGACACUGCUCACGUCGUCGUUGCUCAGCUUCUCUUUCUGGAAUCCGAAAACCCUUCCAAACCCAUCCACAUGUACCUCAACUCCCCCGGCGGCGCCGUCACCGCAGGCCUUGCUAUUUAUGAUACAAUGCAGUACAUUCGGUCACCAAUCAAUACAAUCUGUUUGGGUCAAGCUGCAUCCAUGGCUUCUCUUCUAUUGGCUGCGGGUGCUAAGGGUGAGAGGCGUGCUCUUCCAAAUUCCACUAUCAUGAUUCACCAGCCUUCUGGGGGCUAUAGUGGCCAGGCAAAGGAUAUCGCAAUUCAUACCAAGCAGAUUGUCCGGGUUUGGGACUCAUUGAAUGAGCUGUACUCAAAGCAUACUGGCCAGAAGGUUGAGGUUAUUCAGACAAAUAUGGAUAGGGAUAACUUUAUGACUCCUAAUGAGGCAAAGGAGUUUGGAAUCAUUGAUGAGGUUAUUGAUCAGAGACCUUUGGCUUUGGUUUCUGAUGCUGUUGGUAACGAAAGCAAAGAUAAAGGUUCGAAUUAGAACUCUAGGGAAGGUAAGAUUUCUUUGAGGAAUCCUUACUGUAUUUAAAUGAUGUGUCUGUCAACUUAGCUAUAAGUUGCAGCUGAUAUGAUUUUACUGGUCAUAAUCUUUGUCAGUUUUGAUUGUUAGACUUGACCAUUAAACUACAGUCAUGAACUCAAUUCAGUUUUAUUGGCAUAUUUUUUUGUCGCUCUGAUUUGGAACUUAAAGUACCUUUGUCUUGAAGUUGCCAAUUAUCCGCAAUAAUAUCAGAUGAUUGUUACAGUGAGGGUAUUUAAUAGUACAUUUGAUUGCUAAUUUGUGUGUGGAAAGUAACUUUUCUACACACAC